AUGGCCAUAUCAAAAUAUAUCUUUGGGGAAUUCAGCCCUGAUGAAUUUAAUCAGUUUUUUGUGAUUCCCCGUUGCUCUGUUGAGCUGCCUCCCUACAAUGAAACCAUUUCAUGUGGUCUUAAGUCUACAGGAGAACUCCAUGAUGGGGAGGAAUAUCAGAGAAUUGAAUUUGGUGUUAACGAAGUGAUUGAGGCAGGUUCAUCUGUGCUGAAUAACAGCGACUACAGUAUUUCAAGUACUCUGAAUCCUCAGGCACCAGAAUUCAUUCUUGGUUGUGCACCGACCCCCAAAACACCCAGUGAUGUCCUCGGCGAAACCAACUGUAACUCCGUUGACUGCCAGUUCACUGAUUCUUCUCUUGCUUUGGAUAAUGGUUCUAAUGCUGAAAACGACAGUUUCUCUGGGAGCCUGGGACAGCGGGAACGCAAAAAGAAAAAGAAAAGACCACCUGGAUAUUACAGUUACUUGGAAGAUGUCAGCGAUGGUGUUCCUGCUGAGGCUUUGAUAAACGGACAUGCCAGUUCAUCCAGACUUAAUAGCAUAAGCAUAGAUGAUGUAGAAUUUGCAGGUGAUGUGCCAAGGACUUGUAAUAGCCCUGAAAAUUCUCUGGACUUCAGUGGCGAAGCUGUAUCAGAGGAUUUGGUUUCUAGUGCUCUAGAUACUACCAGGACUGCAGGGCAGCCAGAAGUAUGCAGUGUUACUAAUUUGGAACAAUCUUGUGUCUCCUCUGAUCCUGAAAGGGACAGCCCGUUAAGGACAGCUGUUGUGCAGUCUUAUACUGGUACUGAUACUACUGAAAACCUUGGCGUUACUAAUGGGCAAACACUUGAAUCCUCUAGUGAGGGCACAGCUGCCAAUGGGGUAGACUUGCAGACUGUGGAAAACACUGACUCAGACCAAGCUAAGCUGGAGGAUGCUUCUUCUUCUGCAGAGGCAGUCACCCCUGUUCCAGGAUCAAUUGUGGUUAAUCAGCCUGCAAAAUCAUGGGCAAGUCUGUUUCACAAUUCCAAGCCCUCUGUUUCCACACCUAUGGCUUAUGUGGAGACUAAGUAUGUCCCUCCUGCUAUAUCUCCUGUGGUCCCUGAGAAACAGGUUGACGUCAAAGAGGGGCCUGUUCCAGUUUCUGAGGAUCCUGUAGCCAUAAAGAUUGCAGAAUUACUGGAAAAUGUAAAACUAAUACAUAAACCAGUAUCCUUGCAACCACGAGGGCUGAUCAAUAAAGGAAACUGGUGUUAUAUCAAUGCUACACUGCAGGCUUUGGUAGCCUGCCCUCCCAUGUAUCAUCUGAUGAAGUCCAUUCCAAUGUUUUCAAAAUCACAGAGGCCAUGUACUUCUACGCCAAUGAUUGACAGCUUUGUCCGCCUAAUGAAUGAGUUUACAAACAUGCCAGUCCCUCCUAAGGCAAAACAAGCUUUAAGUGAUAAAAUUGCACGAGACAUCAGACCUGGAGCUGCCUUUGAACCCAUAUACAUUUAUAGAUUGUUGACAGUGAUCAAAUCCAGUCUGUCAGAAAAGGGUAGACAAGAAGAUGCCGAAGAGUACCUAGGAUUUAUUCUAAAUGGCCUACAUGAGGAAAUGCUGAUUCUGAAGAAAUUGCUAUCUCCACAUAGCGAAAUUUCCAAUGGACCAGAGACCCAGCUUGUAAAUGAAGAGGAUGAGCAGGAAGAACAAGGUGAAGGCAGUGAAGACGAAUGGGAGCAAGUCGGUCCACGUAACAAAUCCUCUGUCACUCGACAGGCAGAUUUUGUCCAGACACCAAUAACAGACAUAUUUGGUGGGCACAUAAGGUCUGUGGUUUACCAACAGAGUUUGAAAGAAUCUGCCACUUUGCAGCCAUUUUUCACUCUGCAAUUGGAUAUCCAGUCUGAUAAGAUACGUACUGUUCAGGAUGCCCUAGAAAGCUUGGUGGCAAGAGAGUCGGUCCAGGGGUAUACCACGAAAACUAAGCAAGAGGUAGAGAUUAGUCGAAGAGUAACGUUGGAAGAGCUCCCUCCCGUUCUUGUUCUACACCUCAAGCGAUUUGUCUAUGAAAAAACAGGAGGGUGCCAGAAGCUCAUUAAAAACAUUGAAUAUCCUGUUGACCUGGAAAUAAGUAAAGAGUUGCUGUCACCAGGAGUCAAAAGUAAGAUUUUUAAAGGCCAAAGAACCUACCGGCUCUUUGCAGUUGUCUACCAUCAUGGAAACAGUGCAACUGGUGGACACUAUACUACAGAUGUCUUCCAGAUUGGUCUUAAUGGCUGGUUGCGCAUAGAUGACCAAGCUGUCAAAGUAGUUACUCAACACCAGGUGGUAAAACCGUCUGCUGAGCGCACAGCCUACCUCCUGUACUAUCGUCGAGUUGACCUGCUUUGAAACCUCCAAUUUUCUGCUGUGUUUGCCAGAUUAUCUGCUUUCUAGAACGCCAGCUCUCUCUUUCUCCUUUCCCUUCCCUCUUCAGUGCUCUUCAGAGUCAACCUUUCUCCUCUCCUCCCCUUUUGCAACUGUUGAAUAGAGGGAAAGGGAAGACUUCCUUUCCAGGGGGUAUGAACAGCCCAGUUGGUGUUGCUUAUUGACUUUGCAGAAUGAAGUCUUUGGGGCUUAAACGACUCAAGUCUUGUGAAUGACACAGAGGGUUUUUUUUUUUUUUGGCGCUAAUGCUAAGUCCUAAGAGAUUAAAAUGGGAUUUGCAACUGAUGCCCACUUUCUAAUUGCAUAAUAGAAACAGCCUUGCACCAGCAACAGAACUUGUAGAUUUCUGUGAAAAUGUUUUAUCUUUACUUAAAAAAAAA